AUGGUCAUUUCAACACGAGUUAAUAAAGUAAGACGUAUCUUAUUUCCGCCUUCUCGGCUUCCCAACAGAAAAAUAGCUCCUACUUUUGACAAUUUUAAUCAAUAUAACAUAUUAGAUCGACAAAAUAUGAUCAAAAAUUCCAGAAAUGAUAAACGUAAAGAAAUAAUGUUAUCAUUACAAGAAAAAAGUUGGGGAGUCGAACAUCCAUCUUUUUUGCAAAAUCCUCAAAAGUAUAAAGAAGAGCCUUUAUCAUUAAAAGACUUUAGUAAUGCUAAUUCAUCUUCAGCGUGUAUUCGCCAGAUACCUAUUUAUGAUCAUCCUAACAAACAUGACAAGAGAGUCAUCUCAUCAGCUAUUAAAAGAUGGCUAUUACCACAUAAAUCAAUAUACGAACUAGAGUGGUCCAUUCCGAACCCAAGCUUACCAAAGGAUAAUAACAAAGUCUGGUUGCAGUUGGAUAGGGAAAUUUCAAAUAAUAUUGAAUAUGUUCGUCGUCUAGGACUUGAAAAUAUUAAUGUAAGACUUGAUGAUAAUUUGACAGACUAUAUCAAAUCUACUACAUUUGGAGACUUGGCAGAGAUGGAGAACAUAUCGAUUCAAGUCUUUUUUAAUAAUCAAAUUAGAAAAGAAGAAGAUGAAAAGAGAAGAUAUUCCUUGUUUAGUAAUAAACAGCAGAGUAGCCAACAUAAAAGGAUACAGGAUAAAGAUAUUUGCUUACUACGAAUACGCAGAGUUCACUGGUGGACAAAGAGUUAUAAUAUAGCUCUUACACACUUGCCAUGUACAGAUUGA